AUGGACCCUUUAAACUUGGCGCCAACUCUGCCAAACGCACCAGGAGCCAGGCCGGUUCCAUCAAAGGCUCCAAACUGGGUGUGCAACGUUUGCAAGAAACGUUUCCCAUCGAAGAGCAAACUAACAGCCCACAAUGGAGUCACACCCCGAAACCGAUUGAUAAAUACACUUGUGGACAAGUGCGAUCGAGUGUUCAGAACGGCUGCGAAUCUAGCCAAACACAAGCAGUUUCACGGAGGGGAGAAGUUUUCCUGUGAUCACUGUCGCAAGGUUUAUGCCACGAGCAGCAUGCUGAAGACGCACAAGCUUAGCCAUAGCAAUGACCGGCCGCACAGGUGCACGAUCUGCGACCAAGACGUUCAAACGGAAUCAGGAUUUGAAAGGCGUUACGUUUCGAACUUAGUCUGA